CGCGGCUGCCCCACUGCCUCUCGCUUUUCGCUGCUCGUUUAGGUUAGGCGUGCUGUGUGUUCCCCGGAGGGGACGAGAGAGGGAUCAUUCCUGUCCCCAGAGCCGCGGAGAGAGAGGGAUGCUGCGGGUCCGGUGCUUGCGAGGAGGGAGCCGGGGGGCCGAAGCCGUGCAUUACAUCGGGUCCAGGCUUGGACGCAUCUUCACAGGAUGGGUGCAGCGAACUUUCCAGAGCACCCACGCGGCGGCAGCCUCCCAGACGACCUGUGCUGUUGCUGAUGAAAAUAACAAGGCCCCUGACCCUGUUCCCGAGGAUUGCCCUGUUUGCUCAUACAACGAAUGGGACCCGCUGGAGGAAGUCAUUGUGGGGAGAGCCGAAAAUGCCUGCGUUCCUCCUUUCUCUGUGGAGGUCAAGGCGAAUACCUACGAGAAGUACUGGGGGUUCUAUCAGAAGUAUGGAGGCCAGAGUUUCCCCCAGGAUCACGUGAAGAAAGCAAUUGCUGAAAUUGAAGAGAUGUGCAAUAUUCUGAAAAUGGAAGGAGUGAUUGUGAGAAGACCAGAGCCACUUGACUGGUCGACCAAAUAUAAAACGCCUGACUUUGAGUCCACCGGGAUGUAUGCAGCUAUGCCAAGAGACAUUCUGCUGGUCAUUGGGAACGAGAUCAUUGAAGCGCCAAUGGCUUGGCGCGCCCGUUUCUUUGAAUACAGAGCGUACCGGCCCAUCAUCAAAGAGUACUUCCGCCGCGGAUCAAAAUGGACCACAGCACCAAAGCCCACCAUGGCUGAUGAACUUUAUGACCAGGAUUACCCCAUUCGCACUGUGGAAGACAGGCACAAGCUGGCUGCACAGGGCAAAUUUGUCACAACUGAAUUUGAGCCGUGCUUUGACGCUGCGGAUUUCAUACGAGCCGGAAGAGACAUCUUUGUGCAAAGAAGUCAGGUUACCAACUACUUGGGUAUUGAGUGGAUGCGGAGACACCUUGCGCCGGAAUACAGAGUGCACACCAUCUCUUUCAAAGACCCCAAUCCCAUGCACAUUGAUGCCACAUUCAACAUCAUCGGACCGGGCCUUGUGCUUUCCAACCCAGACCGUCCGUGCAAUGAGAUCGAUCUCUUCAAGAACGCAGGCUGGACGGUGGUUCACCCUCCAUUGCCCCUGAUCCCUGACGACCACCCACUGUGGAUGUCCUCUAAGUGGCUCUCUAUGAAUGUCCUGAUGCUGGAUGAAAAACGUGUGAUGGUCGAUGCCAACGAAACUCCAAUCCACAAGCUGUUUGAAAGUCUCGGCAUUUCGACAGUCAAAGUGAACAUCCGCCAUGCCAAUUCCUUGGGAGGAGGCUUCCACUGCUGGACCUGCGACAUCCGCCGUCGUGGUACCCUGAAGUCUUACUUUGAUUAGGAAGGGUGCAGCUUUGUGAAGCUGCACGUGGUUAAGUUUGCAUGAGCUAGGCAUAGGCAAAUGAAGAAGAGGAGAUCGGUUUCAUCUUUCUGCUUAAAAAGGGUGCGAGUGCAUGGACUGCAAUGCUUGGGACAGCGCCCACCUCCCCACCCACCCCAACGGCGGUAACAGGAACAAUGUGCCCUAAGAGCCUAUUCACACAUUACAUAGAGGCAAGCCCAAAAUGUGGCUGUAUGUUCUGUUUUUCCCCCUUUCCCAUUAAUGCAUAUAUUUGUUCAGAAGUAAGCUCCACUGUGCUGGACGUGGCUCAUUUCAGGAUUGCAGCCUUAAAUCACUAAAUCCACUUAUCUUUUUAAAAAAUUCCUUUUUUAGAAGAUGCCUACAUUUAUUUUCAAAGGGCUCCUGCUCCUCUUGGUUUGAUCCAGACUGUUAGUUGCUGUUGGGUCCCAACUGAAAUCAGUAGAACACUCUGUUGGUUAGAGCAUGGCGCUGAUAUUGCCAAGGUUGCAGUUUCAGUCCUUCGGGGUCCCUUCCAUUUCUACAAUUCUAUGGAAGUGACCUGUUGCUGGCCUUAUUUCCAUAGGACCUCAGUUCCUCUGGCAUACUCUGAAUCUACAAAGCGCUGCUGAAACUUUUGUUACGUGAAUACAAUACUGGUAACGACACACACGAUGUAACAGGCUGUAUGUAACUGUGUAAAUUCUAUUUCAAAAAACAAUUCAACAGAUCAUAUCACAAUAUGUAAUUCCAUAGACCAAUUUAUCAUAUGAGCGGCACAUAUUCUGAGAGAUUAAAGUCCAGCAGAUUGAUCAGGAGAUACAGUCUAUUCAGUUCUUAUGUUAAGAACAUAAGAUCCUGAUUCGACCUGACUGGAAUAGUCUGCGACCAGGAGGAGGAAUACCAGGAAGAAUGGAUGGACUAUUUCGCUAAAUAUGUUAAGAUAACUUAAUUGGAAAAGCUUGCAAAUAUUAGAUAGGCUUAGGAUUCAAAUAUGUAAGGAUAGGAAUUAAGAUGUUUAAAGCUAAAUUAGAAAGAAUGAAAGAUGUUAAGUGAUUAAGUUAAUUUUUUGAGAAAAUUGAUUUUGGAAAACUGUUAAAAUGAUAUACCCUGAAAUUCAACCCAGGGGGAUUUGGGGAAGUCAUUUAACAAUGUUAUCAAGAUUGGUUUAAUUA